GAAAAACCAGAACAGAUUUCCUCCCAGCUCCUCCGGCCGAAGUCAGAAAAAUGAUGGAGUACUGGAGGCAAUGCGCGCUGUGGUUAAUAAACUGCAAGGUGCUCCCAGCCAACCACAGGGUUACAUGGGAGUCUGCACAGGUAUUUGACUUGGCCCAGACCCUCCGGGAUGGAGUCCUCCUGUGCCAUCUGCUCAACAACCUGAGACCCCAGUCCAUCAACCUAAAGGAGAUCAACCUCAGACCGCAGAUGUCCCAGUUCCUGUGCCUGAAGAAUAUCAGGACCUUCCUGGCAGCGUGCAGCGAGAAUUUCGGCAUGAAGAAGAGCGAGCUGUUUGAGGCCUUUGACCUUUUUGACGUCAGGGACUUUGGAAAGGUUAUGGACACGCUGUCUAAACUUUCCCACACAGUGGUUGCACAACAAACUGGAAUCAGGCCCUUUCCGACGGAGGAGAGCGUUGAAGAUGAGGAUAUCUACAACCACCUGGAGGAUCUCAUAGAUGAGAACGGGGUGGAGGAUGAGGAGGAUCUGUACGACUGCGUGUAUGAUGACGAAGAGGGCGGAGAGAUCUACGAGGACCUGAUGAAGACGGAAGCCCUCCCUCCUCCGGCGUUUCACAAGCAGGCGGAGACUGACAUCAGGAGCUGCUGUUUAACAGAGAUCAAGCAGACUGAGGAGAAAUACACUGAGACCCUGGAGUCUAUAGAGAAGCACUUUAUGACGCCCCUCACCAUGUUUUUAUCCACGGUCGAGAUGGAGAAGGUCUUUGUGAAUAUCCCGGACCUGGUCAAAGUUCACAAAUGUUUACUGCUGGAAAUCCAAGACUCGGUCCACCACAGAAGUGCCCAGAACCUUUUCCAGAUCUUCAUCACUUUCAAAGAGAGGUUGUUGAUCUACGGGAAAUACUGCAGCCACGUGGAGUCCGCCAUCGCCACUCUGGAUAACAUCAGCAAAGACAGGGAGGACGUACGCAUGAAGCUGGAGGAGUGUUCAAAGAGAGCCAACUAUGGCAAGUUCACACUAAGGGAUCUACUGGUGGUUCCGAUGCAGCGAGUCUUAAAGUACCACCUCCUCCUGCAGGAGCUGGUGAAACACACUCAUGAUGCCACAGACAAGUGCAAUCUGCGGAUGGCACUGGACGCCAUGAAGGACUUGGCUCAGUACGUAAACGAAGUCAAGCGGGACAAUGAGACGUUGAGGGAAAUAGAUCAGUAUCAGAAAUCCAUCGAAAACCUGAAUCAGUCUCUGAGUACAUACGGGAGACCCAAAGGUGACGGGGAGGUGCGGGUGGCCUCAGUGGACAAACGAGCUAAACAGGACAGGCACAUCUUCCUGUUCGAUGCUGCCGUGAUCGUUUGCAAGCGGCGGGGAGACAACUACGAGAUGAAAGAGGUGAUCGACCUGCACCUCUUCAAGGUCACCAACAACCCCACGUCGGACAAGGAGAACCGAAAGUGGUCCUACGGAUUCUACCUCACUCACAACCAGGGCCAGAGCGGAUUUGAAUUCUUCUUCAAGACCAAAGAGCUGAAAAAGAAGUGGCUGGAGCAGUUUGGCAUGGCCAUAUCCAACAUUCAUCCUGAGAACGCCAGCAACAACUUCCAUGAGUUUCGUAUGCACACCUUUGACAGAAUCACCUCAUGCAACUCUUGCCACAUGCUUCUCAGGUUCAGCUACGGAAAAUGUAAGUGGCAGCGCAGCAAAACAAAGCGAGCCACGGUCAGACACGAGCGUCCGCCUUCUCCACUAAUGAGGGACUGUUGCCUUGUACCGACGAGGGCGUGCAAGUGUUUGAGUGCACCCGCUAACCCGUCAUUCACUAUGCCUGUUUUCAAACUUCUUUCAGAUCCCGGCUUCGUCAGAACUCAGGGCAAAGAUCGAGAUCCAGGUCUGCCCAAGAUGCUGGUGAUCAGGAACUACUUCGGUGUGCCGAGCCCCACUUCUGGUCCAGCGCUCAGCAUCCAGGCGGGUGACAUCAUCGAAUUAAUCUGCGCCGACCUUCACAGCCCCUGGUGGCAGGGCAAAAUCCUGUCGACGAAAGAGGUUGGCUUCUUUCCAAGCGACGCCGUGAAGCCUUGCCCAUGUGUCCCGAAGCCCGUCGAUUACUCCUCUCAACCUUGGUUUGCGGGGCCCAUGGAGAGGCUCCAGGCAGAGGCGGAGCUCAUCAACAGGGUCAACAGCACCUACCUGGUCCGUCACCGCAGCAGGGAGUACACAGAGUACGCCAUCAGCAUAAAGUACAACAAUGACGUGAAGCACAUAAAGAUCCUGGCCAAGGAGGGCUGCUUCUACAUCGCAGAGAACAAGAAGUUCAGGAGCAUAUUAGAGCUGAUCGAAUACUACAAACACCAUUCCCUGAGAGAAGGUUUUAGGAGUCUGGACACCACGCUGCAGUUUCCCUACCGGGAACCGGAAAAUGCUGCCGUGCAUCGCCUCAACCGGCCAGGUGGCAACAUGUUCACCCCCAAAGUGAUUGGUGUGGCGAUAGCGCGGUACGACUUCAGCUCGCGCGACACCCGGGAGCUCUCGCUGCAGGAGGGCGACGUGGUUAAGAUCUACACGAAGUCAGGAGCCAAUGGCUGGUGGAGGGGCGAGGUCAACGGCAGGGUUGGCUGGUUUCCAUCCACAUACGUAGAGGAGGGUGAGGAGUGAAAGGUCCACCGUGGGAAUUAGAGUAAGAUAAAAGUUGAACGGCAGCAGUGGAGUAAGCAAACUGAGCUGAUAACAGCGACGGACAGAGCUACAAGUGCGCGGCUGCUUGCUCCAGUGUUACAGCUCCACUCUCCUCCACGGAGCCCCGCUGCCUACGACCAUCCCAGAGGCCUCUGGGAGAGACAAGGGCCGCAGUACGCCGCAGAUGCAGAGACGCCCGAUCAUUGCCGGUCCACUCCGCCGGGCUAAGCGACUCCACCGACUAGCAGCUUGCCUGUCAGCGGGACCCAAGCCCUCGCCAGACACCCCCUUCCUCCGCCCAUCCAUAAUUCACCCUUCACUCCCGUCCUCUCUCCGCCACAGCCAG